AUGAACCGUACCCAGUAUUAUGAUUAUGCUAAGAAUAUGAUACUGUUUGGGUCCCACGGUCCUUGCUCGAAUGUCGCAGGAUCCAGAGCCUGGGUUCCGGGUUUAAGUUUGUUGGAUCUAGAAGGGCAACAGAAAGAACAGAAUGGGAAGAGAAGGAACAGAAGAAAAAAAUUAAAACAAAAAAGGAAAGAAAAAAAAGAAAAAGGCAGGAAAAACAAAAACCGAUUCGACGAAGUAGCCGAGUGUAAGAAGGAUUCGACGAAGCAACCGAGUGUAAGAAAGGAGGGAGACAUUGUCUCUCCAAGCACACGCAGGCCGAGUAAAGAGGUGUGA